UCAUCAAGGAGGAUUUGAUAACCCGUUUAAUAAUCCAGUAACGAGAGCAAUAUUUAUUACGUGUUAUAUAUUCGUGUUUCUAUGCUGUGUAUUUGGGAACGCAGCGGUUCUCUUUGCCAUCGCAAGAAGCACUCGCUUACGCAGCAUGACGAAUGUAUUUCUUGCCAACCUCGCGAUUGCCGACAUCUCGGUAGGAAUAUUCUGUGUGUUGCCAAACCUGUCCACAUUUCUGCAACACGACUGGGUUCUCGGCAGAGUAAUGUGCAAGAUCUAUUAUUACAUCUGGAAUGUCAGCUACAUCGCGAGUAUCAUUAUUCUCACAGUGAUCGCAAUGGAGAGAUACAUUGUGAUAAUGCAUCCACUUCGGGCCAAGCACUCCUUGACUAAUCAACGAUUAGCCAUCGUUCAAUGUGUCAUGUGGUCGAUAGCCCUGUUGUAUAACAUUCCCUACAUCAUAUUAUACGACACCAUUUCUUUCGGAGACAGUGAAUUCUGCUACGCAUCAUCCAGAAGCACCUUUUAUCUAAAGUGUCUCAGUUUGGUGAAUGUAAUUGUUUGGUACUUUUUGCCUUUAGUUCUAAUCGGUUUUCUUUAUUACAAAGUAGCCAGGGUUCUGUCGCCGCAUACAUCGAACGAUUUGUGUAAUCGUAAUAGUCGUUCGUAUUGUCGGCAGUCGUCUCCAAAACUAGAAGUUGAUCGUAAACAAUCCUUCAGGUCUUCAUCGGAUGGUCCUGAAGAAACGAUGGAAUUAAACCUUCUUGGACGAAUUGGUGACAGCAAAUCAAAAGGAACAACGUAUCAGAAGAGACAACAAGCUUUGCGGCGACGCUCAGUUUUCAAAUCGCAUAGAGUAACAAGAGAAAGACGAAAGGUGAUUCGACUAUUGAUAGCAGUGGUCGUGUCAUUUGCCGUUUGUGUCCUUCCCCAUAAUUUGAAGGUUAUAGACCAUUACUGGAUGAUAUUCAGUUUAUCGAACGAUGUGAUGUUGAUUUUUUCACCUGUGUCUUUUAUCAUACUUUUCAUGAAUUCUGUUCUGAAUCCAUUUCUGUACGCCAUGUUUUCUACAAAUUUUAGGAAAAGCUUUAGGGACUCCAUUGUUUGCUGGAGAUAAGUUUUUUCAUUUAGUAAAUAUUCAUCACUUGGUUGCUUAUCAGUCUUCAUAUUUAAAAUGUGAAUAAAUCAUGUUAGCAAUUGAAGACAUACGUGCUAUGUGUUGUAGCUAGAGUAUAUCAUUUUAACAUGUUCAAGCCAUUUUCAAGCCAUUUACCAUUGUUAUUUAACUUGAUUACAUUUGACAUUUUUUUUUCUAACCAAGUUGAAUUAUAGCUUAAAGGCAUGAACGAUUUUGCCUAUCUUUGCAACAUAAUGGUGUGAGCGGGUAAGGAGGAGACAGGUUGUCCCGGUAGAGUUUGUCUUAGACACGUUCAGAAAAUGUUACCUAAAUGCACUUUGUAAAUGUUGUUAGUCAAUA